GUUAGUUCAGUCUCUUGCCUUAAAUGGCCGCGUGCGGCAGACAAAAGCGCAUGAAAAAUUCAUUGGGAUUUGUCGGAACCGAAUGUUUAACGUCAGGAUAGCGAUAGCAACAACAACAACGAUAAGGAUAUAGCACUAUAUACUAUAUAGCGAGUGCUAGUCUUAAACGUCUAUCGUUAGGUGUAACGAGUCAACAUGCAAAUUGCCUGCGCCGGACCCGGACACCGGACCACCCGUACUCGCAAUCGUACCCACGGCCAGAAUCCUUGCCAGCCAGCAUCCUCAUCAGCAGCAGCAGCAGCAGCAUCAUCAUCAUCAUUGGAGGCAGUGGAACGCAAACGCACAGGGGCGCAAUAAAAAUUGCCUAUAAAUGGGCGGAAGUGCCAGAGGCGUAGUAGGGUGGCAGGAGUUGGAGCAGAAGCAGGAUCAGGAGGACGGGUUUGCCAGCGAGCAGGAUGUACGCACAAGGACGUUGAACAACAAAGCCAAACUUCCGCAUAGGAUGCGACCGAACGGAAGUUAUUUUGGCCGCCUGAACGUGAGCGCGCUGCUCAUCUACUUGUGGUGCUAUCUCCUCCUGAUAAUGGCAGCAUCUGGCGGCAGCAACAACGUGGUAAAUGGCCUCAAAUGCUACUGCAAUCCGAAGGAGUGCGACGUUAUCCGUUCGCCCGACUGCCCCGGCAAAGGACUUAUGCUCUGGGAUCCCUGCAAAUGUUGCCGCAUAUGCGCCAAAACUUUGGGCGAAUCCUGCGGCGGUCCGGGCGGAUUUUCCGGUCAAUGUGAGCCGCCCCUGCAGUGUGUGACCAAGCUGCCCAUUAGCAGCGGACUGGGCGUGUGCAUGGAUUUGCAGCACCUGACCGCCCUGACCUACAGUCAGCAUGAUAAUUGCUCUGACAGCGAGUCAAUUGUUUUGCAGCCGGGCUGUGAGAUCACAAACAAACGCUGCCAGUGCUGGCCAACAAUGCGGACAUGUAUCAGCGAGCUGACCAGCGAUGGGGGUUCCCCCGGCGAUUCCCGUUGGCAUUUCAAGAAUCUAGAGGACUGCCAGUUGAACUUGCAAAAUCUAGUCAAGCUAGAACAGGAAUUCGAUGAAGACUACAAAAUCUCACCGAGCAAAUUCACAUACAAAAAGUUGCGCAGAAAGCGAAAAUCGUUAAGAAAACGCAUCAUCAUCUUGAAGGAUUGAGCCUCUAAAUCGCCAUUGGAAUCAUCCUCUUUCUCAGCUCUUAACUCAAUAAAACCAAAAGAAAGAUCUCUGUACAGAUAGUAUGCUUACUUCUAACUAAUAAUAUGGCUAUUAUAAAUAACUAUAUAUACAUAUAAACAACAUAUACAUAUACAAGAUGGAAAAAAUACAUAUGAGAAAUAGACAAAUUGUGUGUUUCCUAAGACAUUUGUUACUUUAUUGUUUUUAGACUGCGCGUACCGUAUGUAUAAAUUUGCAAUUUUUAUUCCUAUUGCCCCCCCCCCGAGAAUAACAAAAAACAAAAAUAUAUAUACAAAACAACAAUAAAUGAAAAGCAUUUCAAGAGUGUCGUUGCUUUAAAACAUAACAAAUACAAAAUGUGCAAAAUGUUGGAAUUUUCCAUUAACAUAAGUCAAGCCAUUCAUUAAACAAUAAAUGACAAAUUUUGCUAACAGAAACAGCAUCGAAAAUAUAUAAGUGGCCAGAAAAUCAAAAAAAUUGUUGUU